AUGUGGGACGGGAUCUACAGGGUAAUUGGCCGCACAACCCAAAGACAGGAAGAUAUCCCUCUUGUAAAAGAUGGGAAGACGUUAGAGAACGCAGAAUCAGCAAAAUUUCUGGCGGAGACCUUCUAUCCGGACGACAAUACCCAGGAGGAUGACGCGGAACACAAGCUUAUAAGGAAAACAGCGGAGUUAGUAAACGUAGGGUCACUUGAUGAUUCAAGUGAUCCACCUUUUACGGUAGAGGAGCUUAUGUGGGCCGCGUCCAGUUUUAACCCAAAAAAGGCUCCAGGAAAUGAUGGUCUCACAGCCGAUAUCUGCGUAGCGGCCAUUGCCCUGGACCCGCAACUGUUCUUGGCUUUAGCCAAUAAAUGCUUACAGCUAGCACACUUCCCUAGUAAAUGGAAGGAGGCGACAGUAGUAGUCCUGCGAAAGCCUGGUAAAGAAGACUACACGCACCCCAAAUCUUACAGGCCGAUUGGGCUACUGCCUGUUCUAGGGAAAGUCCUAGAGAAAAUGAUCGUACGGAGAAUCAAGUGGCACAUCGUACCAAAACUUAGCAAAAAACAGUAUGGGUUUAUGCCACAGCGUAGUACCGAGGACUCCCUCUAUGACAUGAUACAGCAUAUAAAAUCUGACAUCAAGGAUAAAAAAUUGACUGUAAUAGUAUCACUUGACAUAGAGGGAGCCUUCGAUAACGCCUGGUGGCCAGCUAUACGAUAUGCACUUGUAGAAACCGGAUGCCCCAUAAACAUGAGGCGACUAGUCGACAGUUACCUCGAUGACAGAUCGGUAUGUAUUAGAUACUCAGGGGCAGAAUGGGUCAAAAAGACCACGAAGGGGUGCGUGCAGGGCUCAAUCGGCGGUCCACUGUUUUGGAAUUUGUUGUUGGAUCCACUCCUAAAUGAGCUAACAGAUAGAGGGGAGUACUGCCAUGCUUUCGCGGACGACGUGGUCCUAGUAUUCUCGGGAGAUAGGGCAUUGGAAGUACAGGAGAGAGUCAAUGCAGCCCUCGCACAGGUUCAGAAGUGGGGAGUCAAAAAUAAGUUAAAAUUCGCACCUCAGAAAACCAAAGCAAUGGUUAUCACUAAUAAGAUCAAAUAUGACUCGCCACUUCUGAAGAUGGGUGGGGAAAGCAUUGUAAUGUCAAAAGAAAUAAAGAUACUCGGCCUCACAGUGGACAACAAACUAACUUUCAACACCCACGUGAAAAAUGUGUGCUGUAAAGCACAAAACAUAUACCGCCAGCUGUGUAGGGCCGCAAAGGUUCAUUGGGGCCUGAAUUCCGAGAUUAUUAGGACCAUCUACAUCGCGGUAGUGGAGCCAAUCAUUAUGUACGCGGCAAGCGCCUGGUCACCGGCAACAAAUAAACAGAUUAUUAAAAAACAGUUCGAUGCGGUACAGCGCGGGUUCGUACAGAAAAUCAUCAAAUCGUACAAAACUGUGUCUCUGCACUCGGCCCUACUACUCGCCGGGCUGCUUCCCUUGGACCAGCCUUGCUUUAUGAAAUAA